AUGUCAGCAGCGCCCAAAUCGCUUGGCCUCGAGCCAACGGCGAUCGAGGACUCAACUGUUCUUCGGGAUGAAGGUUCCGAUACGAGCUACAAAGCAAAAGCCGAGGUCCUCAAUCGCGCGAUUCAAACGAUCGGCAUGGGUCGAUACCAAUGGCAGCUCUUUGUUGUGAUCGGAUUCGGCUGGGCGAGCGACAAUCUAUGGCCAAUCGUUACCUCGCUAAUUCUCCCCGUGGUGUCCAACGAGUUCCAUCCAUCGAAACCGCCAAUGUUGACGCUUGCGCAAAACAUCGGGUUGCUGGUAGGUGCUGUGUUUUGGGGAUUUGGAUGCGAUGUCUUCGGUCGCAAAUGGGCGUUCAACUUGACGAUUGGAAUCACGGCGGUGUUUGGCCUGGUCGCGGCAGGAUCGCCAAAUUUUGCGGCCAUAUGUGCAUUUGCGGCUUUGUGGUCUGUCGGUGUUGGUGGGAACCUGCCGGUUGACUCAGCCAUCUUCCUGGAGUUCUUACCUGGAUCACAUCAGUACCUUUUGACUAUUUUGUCGAUUUAUUGGGCCUUAGCCCAGCUGCUCGCCACUUUGAUCGCUUGGCCGCUGCUAGGGUAUAGGACGUGUGGUUCAGCAGAAGGAUGUACCAAAGCUGAUAAUAUGGGUUGGCGAUGGUUCAUGAUCGCGAUGGGUGGCAUCGCGAUGCUCAUGUUUGUCGGUCGAUUUGUGUUUUUCACGAUUUUCGAGUCUCCCAAAUAUCUCAUGGGAAAGGGAAGGAACGAGAAGGCUGUGGACGUUGUCCAUGAAGUUGCUAGGAGGAAUGGAAAAACGUCUGAUUUGACGAGAAUCGAGCUUGACAACUUGGACCAGGGUGAGAUACAGCAUUUCAGUGCGGCAAACAUCGUCCGUCAACGCCUAGAAACCGUGCGCUUUGAUCAUAUCCGCGCUCUUUUCGAUACCCCUAAGCGAGCAUGGGCUACAACUUUGAUCAUUCUCGUCUGGGCAUUCAUCGGUCUCGGUUUUCCACUGUAUAAUGCAUUCCUCCCAUACAUCCAGCAGUCCCGAGGCGCUGAAUUCGGUGAUGGGUCGACUUACAUCACGUAUCGGAACUCGUUGAUCAUUGCCGUGAUGGGCAUCCCAGGGUCUUUGGUCGGCGGAGUAUUGGUCGAACUACCAAGCUUUGGUCGGAAGGGUGCUCUCAGCACUUCGACAGCUAUAACUGGAGCCUUUCUUCUUGCGUCAACAACAGCUACUACAUCUAAUGCUCUGUUAGGUUGGAACUGCGCCUUUAAUUUCAUGAGCAGUCUCAUGUACGCCGUGUUAUACGCAUACACGCCCGAGAUAUUUCUCACCAAGGACCGUGGUACAGGAAAUGCAUUAACCGCGUCUGCGAAUCGGAUCUUUGGCAUCAUGGCUCCUAUCAUUGCCAUGUUUGCUGACCUCACGACCGCUGCUCCUGUUUAUGUUAGCGGGGCGCUGUUCAUCGCAGCAGGUAUUCUUGUAUUAUUCAUGCCAUACGAGUCUCGCGGAAAGUCGAGUUUGUAA